AGAGAAAGAAUUCACCAACCAGGAAGCAGCUGAGCCCAAGGAGGUUCCAGUGCAGAGUACAGAAGCAGGUAGGGAUCACAACGAAGAAGAGGGUGAAGAAAAAGGAUUAAGGGAUGAGAAACCAAUCAAGACAGAAGUUCCUGGUUCUCCAGCAGGAACUGAGAGCAAGGGUCAGGAGGCGACAGGUCCAAGUACAGUAGACACUCAAAGUGAACCCUCAGAUAUGAAAGAGCCAGAUGAAGAAAAGAAUGACCAACAGGGAGAGGCAUUGGACUCAUCGCAGAAGAGAAAGAACAAGAAAAAGAAAAACAAGAAGAAAAAAUCCCCAGUACCCAUAGAAACCCUUAAAGAUGUUUAAAAAGAGUUAACUUAUCAGAACACAGAUUUAAGUGAAAUUAAGGAAGAAGAGCAGGUAAAGUCUACUGACAGAAAGUCAGCAGUGGAAGCCCAAAACGAGGUGACUGAAAAUCCAAAACAGAAAAUUGCAGCAGAAAGCAGUGAAAAUGUUGAUUGUCCAGAGAAUCCUAAAAUGAAGUUGGAUGGAAAACUUGACCAAGAAGGCAAUGAUGUAAAAACAGCAGCUGAGGAGGUACUAGCUGGUAGAGACACAUUAGAUUUUGAGGAUGUCACAGUUCAAUCAUCAGGCCCGAGGGCUGGUGGUGAAGAAUUAGAUGAAGGUGUUGCAAAAGAUAAUGCUAAAAUAGAUGGUGCCACUUAAAGCAAUCCUGAAGAACCAGAGAGCGAAGAUGCAGAUCGCUGCACCGUACCCAAAAAUGAAAGUCCCUCACAGGACAUUAGUGAUGCCUGUGAAGCAGAAAGUACAGAGAGGUGUGGGAUGUCAGAACAUCCAAGUCAGACCAUCAGGAAAGCUUUAGACAGCAAUAGCCUAAAAAGCCAUGACUUGUUGGCACCAGGAGGAGAGCCGGGGGACUUCAAUCCAGAAAGCAGAGAAGAUACCAGAGGAGGGAACGAGAAGGGCAAAAGCAAAGAAGACCGUACCAUGUCCUAAGCUGAGGCAGGCGGCAGGCGUGGUGCACAGGAAGUCUGAGUGUGAGGGGCUCUUUUCUCUCCACUGCCAAUCCUUUCCUGCCUCAGGGAAGAAGAGAGAGACAGACUACAGUGAUGGAGACCCACUAGAUGUGCACAAGAGGCUGCCAUCCAGUGCUGGAGAGGACCGAGCCGUGAUGCUGGGGUUUGCCAUGAUGGGCUUCUCAGUCCUAAUGUUCUUCUUGCUCGGAACAACCAUUCUAAAGCCUUUUAUGCUCAGCAUUCAGAGAGAAGAAUCGACCUGCGCUGCCAUCCACACAGAUAUCAUGGACGACUGGCUGGACUGUGCCUUCACCUGUGGUGUGCACUGCCGCGGUCAGGGGAAGUACCCGUGUCUUCGGGUGUUUGUGAACCUCAGCCAUUCAGGUCAGAAAGCUCUCCUACAUUAUAAUGAAGAGGCUGUCCAGAUAAAUCCCAAGUGCUUUUACACACCUAAGUGCCACCAAGAUAGAAAUGAUUUGCUCAACAGUGCUCUGGACAUAAAAGAAUUCUUUGAUCACAAAAAUGGAACCCCCUUUUCAUGCUUCUACAGUCCAGCCAGCCAAUCUGAAGAUGUCAUUCUUAUAAAAAAGUAUGACCAAAUGGCUAUCUUCCACUGUUUAUUUUGGCCUUCACUGACUCUGCUAGGUGGUGCCCUGAUUGUUGGCAUGGUGAGAUUAACACAACACCUGUCCUUACUGUGUGAAAAAUAUAGCACUGUAGUCAGAGAUGAGGUAGGUGGAAAAGUACCUUAUAUAAAACAGCAUCAGUUCAAACUGUGCAGUAUGAGGAGGAGCAAAGGAAGAGCAGAGAAAUCUUAAGACGGUGGCCAAAUUAAAGUGCUGGCCUUCAGAUGUCUGUGAUUUCUGCAACUGAGGACCUAAUUAUGCCUGUCUGCAAACUAACAAUGUAAAAGGUAAUAAUUAAAGUAUCAUAUUUUCAUGUGGGAAAAAAUUU